GCCGAGGCGGAAGUCGCGCCGGCGGGGGUACGCGCGUUCAGCCUUGAGUUCUGCCGUUUCGGCGGCCGCCAUCAUGGUGCGGAAGCUUAAGUUCCACGAGCAGAAGCUGCUGAAGCAGGUGGACUUCCUGAACUGGGAGGUCACCGACCACAACCUGCACGAGCUGCGCGUGUUGCGGCGUUACCGGCUGCAGCGGCGCGAGGACUACACGCGCUACAACCAACUGAGCCGCGCUGUGCGCGAGCUGGCGCGGCGCCUGCGCGACCUGCCCGAGCGCGAUCCGUUUCGCGUGCGCGCCUCGGCCGCGCUGCUGGAUAAACUGUAUGCUCUCGGCCUGGUGCCCACGCGCGGCUCGCUCGAGCUCUGCGAUUUCGUCACAGCUUCGUCCUUCUGCCGCCGCCGCCUGCCUACCGUUCUCCUUAAGCUGCGCAUGGCGCAGCAUCUCCAGGCCGCCGUGGCCUUCGUAGAGCAGGGCCACGUGCGCGUGGGCCCCGACGUGGUCACUGACCCCGCCUUCCUUGUCACGCGCAGCAUGGAGGACUUUGUCACCUGGGUCGACUCGUCCAAGAUCAAGCGGCACGUGCUGGAGUACAAUGAGGAGCGCGAUGACUUCGAUCUGGAGGCCUAGCGGUCUUCCCCCGCCACGGCUGGAUUUUAUGCAUGAAGAAGUUGAGAUCUGAAGCUUGAGGUUUUCUGGUGGCGCUCUCCUUAGGAUUGUGUAAGCCAGUCGUCAGUUCUUAAGAACUUGGCUCCUCAGCUACAGGCUACGCACAGAGGGUACGCCCCUGUAUUCCACGAAAUUUUCUUAGGCCUUGGACUGUUGAUAAUUGAAUGACUGCCUUAAAAGAUGAUGGGAGGCGGUUUUGUGCUGCACUGGGGAAUUGUUAGGGUCUUGUGCCUGAAACAUUGUAGUGUAAAAGCAAGAACUUUGUUCCCCCCACCCCCAGCUUUUCCUUUAUUUUGUAGCAGAACAGUUUGGUUCAAUGUGUUUAAUUCGAGUUCUUGCUCCUGAUCAUGAUUAAGCUGUGUACAGAUGGGGAGAAUUUGGUUUCAAGUUUUCAUAAAAUGGGUGAGAUUUUAGUGUUCAGGGUCCCCUUCGUUUAAAGGAAUGCUUUCCUCAUGCCAAUAAAUGGGCCAACUGCUUUGUAAGUGUA